AUGUGGAACUACCUGUACUUGCUGCCAGUCUUCCUAGCUCUGUGGGCCGCGGCUGGCAUCUGGAUUGUCUUUGCAAUUGCCGUGGCUAACGGGAGUGUGGACCUCGGGAAAGGCUUCCCCUUUAUCAGUAAAUGUGGGUCUUACGCUCCCCAGAGCUGCAUUUUCGGCCAAGUCCUCAAUAUAGGAGCUGCUCUAGCUAUUUGGAUCUGCAUUGUGCGUUAUCAUCAACUCCGGGACUGGAGAGUCAAAACGUGGCAGAACCAGUUGAUUCUGUGGACCGGGCUCCUCUGUGCCCUGGGAACCUCCAUAGUAGGCAAUUUCCAGGAGACUAACCAGAAGGCCACACACCUGGUAGGGGCCUUUCUGGCCUUCAUCCUGGGCAACCUGUACUUCUGGCUACAAUUCUUUCUGUCCUGGUGGAUGAAGGGCCUGCCCCAACCCGGGCCCCGCUGGAUUAGGUGUCUGCGCCAGAGCAUCUGCAUCCUCUCCACCAUCCUCAUCGUGGCCAUGAUCGUCCUGUACUCCCGACGUAUGCGAUCCGCCUCCGCGGCCUGCGAGUGGGCCGUGGCCAUGCUGCUGUUCGUUCUGUUCGGCUUCUUUGCCGUGGACUUCUCCACCCUGCGUGGCUGCACCCUGCAGCUAGAGCCCCGACUGGACUCCAGCCUCCCGCCGCCGCCUGACACUGAGUCUCCAAAGACACAGACGUCUCAGGUGCUCUGACUAGGCCCCCGACUGUUGCUGGAGGA